AUGGCGGACGAACAAGAAGAAUUUCAAGAAAUGAACGAAGUAAAUAUGGACUAUCAAAGGGUGAAACAAACGCAUGAACUGGUAAAAUAGCUUUAGAUCUGCUUUCAUUUUAAUUUUUGGUAAAUCGGAGUGUUCAGUUUGCUGAACUGGGCAGUUUUGGGAUAUUUUUCGUUUCAUUUUUUAUGUGACGGCCUGUGUACUGUACGUUUGUUUGCUCGAGCUCACGUUUAUGUUUUUGGGCAUUUAUUUUGUACUCCUUCCCGAAUUUGAUUUUGCCACUCUUGAAAGUAAUACUUGUAAGAUCUCCGUACAGCUCAGCCCCAUGCAACUCAUGCUAUUUCACACAAAUGAGUUACUUAAUGAACUGAUAAGUUAUGACAUAUAUGAGUUAUGAAAUAUACCGUAAAAUUCCGAAAAUAAGCCCCGGGGCUUAUAUUUUUCAACGGCCCUUUUUGAGGGGCUUAUUUUUUGAGGGGCUUAUAUUCGGACGGACUUAUCUACGGGGCGAAAUUUGCGUUUCAAAAUCGAUUGGGCUAGCCUUAUAGUUGGACGUAAAUUUACCGUUUUUGUUUUGUUUUACUUUGUAUUUGAGGGCAAUUUUCCAAGCACAAGCCCCUGGGGGGCUUAUAUUUGGAGGGACGAUUUAACGAAGGGUUUUUUGCGUUACCGGUUUGGGGGGAUUAUAUUUGGAGGGGCUUAUUUUCGGAAUUUUACAGUAGUUCAUUUAAUACUGCAGAGUUUUGUGGUUAGAGCCAAAGCCAAACAAAUUUUUCCUGUUUCCUUUUAGGCUGGAUACCGCGAGGGCAUUGAAUCAGGAAAAGAAGCACAUUUACAACAAGGUUUUAACCAAGGAUUUUCUUAUGCUACUUACGUUUCAAGGAAAUGGGCAACUUUGAGAGGGGCUUUGAGGUAUAGAUAAACAUACUUGUACUGUAAACCAGUUGUUAAGGUUUAUUAUUUGCACUUGUAAACUGGGUGCUGCCAAGUGCUGGUAAAUGCCAUGUUACUAACUUAACAACCAAGAGCUGUGAGUUGCAUGAGCAGUUAGUGGCAAAAGUUAUCCUUACUAAUGUUCACAUGCUUGGGUCAUUCCAGUCAUUUGGGUUUCAAUAAUGAUUGAAGUAGCCAGCAGGUUUGAAUAGAGUAACCAGCUGUAUCAGUAAUGAGCCAUUUUGUCCUCUUCUUCUAGAGGGGUCUGGGGGCAUGGACCCUCAGAAAAUUGUGAAAUUUCAAAGCCCUAAAAUGCGAUUUCCAGCAUUCUGGGGACUAAAUUGAGUACUAGGAAUUCAUGUGUGGGGGUGUGCUAGUUGGAUGUGUGUAGCCCUGAGCCUUAACCAUGUCCAGCAGCAUGUUGUUACUUUCUAGACUGAGGCAGAUCCUGGACAUAAAGCUUUAGCUAAUAACCAAAAACUCUUAUUCUUAUGAUGUGCUGUAAUUUUUUAAUUUCUAUACCCUAGCCAGAGUAUUAAAACUGCCUGAAAACUGUACUCUCCCUGACUUGUCCCCAGUCAUCUCUCGGUGUCCUAUUAAUAUUAGGGACUUUAAGAUUCAACAACGUGACGGCAGCGAGAGCAAAAUAGGUUUAAGGAGCAAAACAACAACUUUUCUCAUGCAUGGCCCUUUUUCCUACAUUUCUUUGCCAUUUUCACACAAGUAUUUCACUUUCUGUACUUAAAUAUGGUCCCUUUGCGUAGCUUCAAAUUCAAAUUCAGAAGGGUUCACAUACAUUUGACAGAGUAAGUAGGUAGGAAUUAUCCCAAUAAAGACUGAAAGAAUGCAAAUUCAUUUUUCAGGGGACAUUCUUGUUUCUCUUGCAUCAUUUGAUCUUAAAGUCCCUAUUAAUGAGAGAAGUGUGGUCAAGGGGAGCAUGGGGGAUGAUGAAAAGGAGGAAAGAGGGGAGACCCCUUUCACUUUCCCAUUGUUUCCUUUGCACCAGAUGCUGUUAUAGUCUCUUGCAACGUUCCUUGAUCGCUUCCAAAUAAUAAGGGACAGCUGGGGACAUGUCAGGUACAGUUAUACCCUCCACAGCAAAAUAAUACACUACCUAUAACCCAUAUAUUAAAGUACACCCCCCCAACCUCUCUCCCUUUACUCAGUUGGGUCUGGACAACUGAGUCAUCCAACUCCAUGUAGCAAUGCACUUGUUAAGAACUUAUAUGGAACAAAAGGAAUCAAGAGGGUUAAUUUGUCUCAUAUCCAAGGGCGUUUAUCACCAGAAUACUCUAUGUAUUAUUUGCACUGACUGUUAAAUGAGUUUAACACUAGUAGACACUCUCAGGAAACAGAACAAAAAGUCCAUGAGUUUUUCAUUGACUAAUUUCUGUCCUAUCACAGUGCUCUGAUGUCGCUAGUGAUAUUGAAAUAUGAACAAGAUUCCAAUCCAGGCAUCAUGUCUGAAAUCACAGAACUACUUGCCGAGGCUACAAAAAUUGAGAGGAAUGCUCUUGAGGUACAAAAUAUGCAACAGGCAUUCGAAAACAGAAUCAAUCAGACUGUUGGGUAUUGCAAAGGCUCUACGGCACCACCAAGUGUGGGAAACAAGACUGAAGAACGACACUUUGAUGGCGAUGAGUUAAGUUCAGCAUUUGAAAUGCUUCAUACAGCAGAUAAAGCUAAUGCAGUUGAACAUUUAGGAGUUGAGACUGACAGAGAGCAACAGAGAGUAAAAACUGGAAUCACUUUCCAAGGCUUAGCCACGGAUGUUGUUUCUGAUGAGUCUUGUGGACCUUCGGAAACAACUGAAACUAUGCCUAGGGAUCUAGAAGUGUUGUGGUCAAGGACAUUUUCUUUAGCUGAUAAAAUUGGUAUAAACAGACAGAAAAUUAUUUUUCUGAAAUGUCUUUGA